CUCAAAACAACGAGGCAAAGCAAGUGGUUCGUUGACUCCGUGACGUCAUUCCCAAGCGACGAGAAACAAUGGGUCAAAGCCAGAGCGGCGGUCACGGUCCAGGGGGAGGCAAAAAGGAUGAUAAGGAUAAGAAAAAGAAAUAUGAGCCCCCAAUUCCCACUAGAGUUGGCAAGAAGAAGAAGAAGACAAAAGGACCAGAUGCUGCCAGUAAACUACCACUGGUCACCCCUCAUACUCAGUGCCGCCUGAAGCUACUAAAGCAGGAGCGGAUUAAGGAUUAUCUCCUCAUGGAGGAGGAGUUCAUCAGAAACCAGGAACAAAUGAAACCCCUGGAAGAAAAACAAGAGGAGGAGAGGUCCAAGGUGGACGACCUGCGAGGGACACCCAUGUCUGUGGGAACUCUGGAAGAGAUCAUCGAUGACAACCAUGCUAUUGUGUCCACCUCAGUUGGAUCUGAGCAUUAUGUCAGCAUCUUGUCCUUUGUGGAUAAAGAUCUGCUGGAGCCAGGGUGCUCAGUCCUGCUUAACCAUAAGGUUCAUGCUGUGAUCGGGGUGCUGAUGGAUGACACGGAUCCAUUGGUGACUGUGAUGAAAGUGGAGAAGGCCCCUCAAGAAACAUAUGCUGACAUCGGGGGACUGGACAAUCAGAUCCAGGAGAUAAAGGAGUCAGUGGAACUUCCUCUGACACAUCCAGAGUAUUAUGAAGAAAUGGGCAUAAAACCGCCAAAAGGUGUCAUUCUCUAUGGACCACCUGGCACAGGUAAGACACUGCUGGCCAAGGCCGUAGCCAAUCAGACGUCCGCCACUUUCCUGCGUGUGGUGGGCUCCGAGCUCAUCCAGAAGUACCUGGGAGACGGGCCCAAGCUGGUACGAGAACUCUUCAGGGUGGCAGAAGAACACGCGCCCUCCAUCGUUUUCAUCGACGAGAUCGACGCCAUCGGGACUAAGAGGUAUGACUCCAACUCUGGUGGCGAGAGAGAGAUCCAGAGGACCAUGCUGGAACUGCUCAACCAGCUGGACGGCUUCGACUCGCGGGGCGACGUCAAAGUUAUCAUGGCUACUAAUCGGAUAGAGACUCUGGAUCCGGCCCUCAUCAGACCUGGGCGAAUUGAUCGAAAGAUUGAGUUCCCCCUGCCUGACGAAAAGACCAAACGGAGGAUCUUCCAGAUUCACACGAGCCGCAUGACAGUGGCUGACGACGUCACCCUCGACGACCUCAUUCUGGCGAAGGACGAUCUGUCGGGAGCAGACAUUAAGGCCAUCUGCACAGAGGCAGGCCUCAUGGCACUGCGGGAACGCCGCAUGAAAGUCACCAACGAGGACUUCAAGAAAUCCAAGGAAAACGUCUUGUACAAGAAGCAAGAAGGCACACCGGAGGGACUAUACCUCUAAACUCCCAAACCUUUCUCUUUCUUCCCACCCCGCCUGUAUACAGCACCAUGUGAAAGAGAGGGGCCAUCAGAUGAGUUGUUCAUCUCCUCAGUGAGAAUUUUGUCAUAUUUCGUGCAUGUCAUGUCUGGUUUAUCCCACUCUCUUUAGGUUCCAGUUUCAGAUAUUAAUAAAAAAAAAUACAUUAUACCCAG